GAACAAGACUAAUAUUUCAACCAAAUUAUGCGGUGCAUCAAGAAAUUAAAGAUCCAUUAUUAUUGCCAUAUUUUGCAAGCAAGAUAUAUUAUUCUGUGAAAUUGAAAAGUUUACUUUGGCAU